AUGCCUACCAUGAACAUCGCAAAAUCUGUAGACGGGCAUGGGUUUUUGGUGAAAGCUCGCAGUGGUUUAGAGGAAUGGCCACGUCUAUUAUCUGAAAGCUACACUGCAGUCUCACUAAUGGAGAAUGAUCUUAGCGAGCUACCCCUACGAUUAAUUUGUCCAAAACUCCAGAUUUUGUUACUUAACAAGAAUGAAUACUUAGAAAAGAUCCCAGACUCGUUUUUACAAAGUCUGAAUGAAUUAAGGGUCUUAGAUCUUAGCGAGACUGAUAUCUCAUUACUACCCCAAUCAUUUGAUCUCCUAACCAGUCUUCGAGCUUUGUAUUUAGAUAACUGUGUGAGCAUAACUGACAUUUCCAUGGUUGGAAAACUUACCAAGCUUGAGAUUCUUAGUAUGCGAGACAUUGAAUUAGAGGAGUUAUCAAGAGAAAUAGGAGAUUUGACCAAUCUGAGGGUGUUGGAUAUCAAUGGUGGAGAUAUUGCUAGAAUUCCAUCCAAACUGAUAUCAAGGUUGCAUGGUUUAAUUGUACCUGGAAUAUAG